UGUUUGAGCAGGAGAGGGCAGGAGGGAGUGCAAAGCAGCUUCUAGAAACAGGUUCCAUACAGCUGUGUCUUACAGUGUGCAGAAGCAGCUGUAGACAAGAGGGAGAGCAGAAAGUGAAACGGAGGACUGUGCUGCAACAGACAGAAACACACAGAGAGAGAAAGAGUAGUUGCUGUCUGGAAAGGCUAUCCGUUUCUUUUCAGUCUGCUCCUCCCAGCUUCUCUCUCCUUUCUCUCUUCAUCGUUACCCAGAAGACAACAGUGCACUGCUCCCUGGAACCCCUCACUAGUCCUGAGGGAGGUCAUGGAUGGACUGCGAUUACCUCCGCUCAUAGAGGAGACGCUGGACUCUACAGGUGAACCCUGUGGCGAUAUAAGAGUGGACAGCAGCCUCAUCCAGAGUCCCAACAUGGACAACGAGAUCACCACCAAGGAGAGAGUGGAACUGGAGGAGAACAAUGAGAAGGAGACUAUGGACCAAGAUCGGGAGGAGGAUGAGGAAAUGGGGAAGGAGGAGCAGCAGGGACCUUCGUCAGAGGAGCAGGAGCUGGAGGAGUUGAGGAGUCAGGUACUGCAACUUCUCCUGGAGUUAGAGGAAGCCAGGGAGAUGUCCAACAAACACCAGGAGGCCUUCCACGAGCUGCAGGGUCUUCUGGAGGAUGAGCGGAUGGCCAGUACUCAUCAGGCAGAAGCUUUCGCGCGACAAGUACACAACCUGCAAGCCCAGCUGCGUUCAGUCCAGGAGGAGAUGGACUCUCUAGAGGAGGAGAAGGAGAGUGAGCUGACUGAGGCUCACGAGGAACUACGGCUCGCCCAGGAGGAGGUCACACUCCUGCAGCAUGCAGCCGAAGAGGCAGCAGCGGAGAGGGAGAACGACAUCGCCUCCCUACAGGAAGAGCUGUGUCGCCACCGAGCCGAGCUGGGCCGUCUCAACGACGAGGCGCAGGAAUACGAACUGGAAAUCACCACGCUUAGGGCUGAGAUUGGCAUGAAGAGUCAGAGGAGGGAGGAGGAGAGGAGAGGAGGUGACGCGGGUACUCUGAGGCAGGAGUGUGAGGCUCUGAGGCAGGAGUGCAAGGCCCUGAGGCAGGAGUGUGAGGCGCUGAGGGAAGACAACAGACGUCUCACUGAGAGACUGCAGCUGUUGCAACUAGAGCGGGGAGGCUCCAGUAACUGCCUGUCCCUGAAGGAGGAAGGGGAGGACACAGGGGACAGGGCGGGCACAGAGGCGGGCACAGAGGCGGGCACAGAGGAGGGCGACGCGGCAGAGAGCUACCUGACCAUGACAGAGAGCCAGGCGACAGGCACGGGAACCAACUGCCGUCUGGUGGAUGCCUCCAUUCAGAAGAACAUCUCGUUUGACGGAAAACCCAUGACCCCCACCAGCUGGAACGGAGGGUUCGGGGAGAUCUUCUCCCUGAGGGACCAGCUGAAACAGGCCGAGGAGAAGGCCUCGCUGGUUCAGAGACAGUGUGACGGUUUGAAGACGGAGCUGAAGGAGCUGCAGAUGCUGUAUGACUGCAGCCAGAAGGAGAGGGCGGAACUGGAGGAGGAGCUGCUGCACUGCAAGGCGGAGCUAGAGAGGCUAGCUGGUGGUGGUGGUCAGAGCUACAUCCAUUCGUCUGAGUCUCCUGUUCUCUCCAUCCCCUUCAUAGGAAUGAUUGUAAUUUUGGGAGUGGUUUGGUGCUGGCUGUCCGAGCUGGCGUCCCAGAAAGCAAGGGGAGUGAUAUAGAAUGGAAACCUAUUCUGACUGUCACUGCAGCAACAGCUGCACUUCUGAUCAUGGCUAGCAUACUGAGAGCCCUGUCUCGAACCUGAGCAGCAGGAAAACACCAGGUUAAUACAGACAAAGACAGUGAUGACUGGUUUCAGACAACCCUCACAGCACAUUUAGCUGGAACCAACCCGGGCACCAACAAUAGAUUAGCCAGCAUUCUUCCAGGUAAUUUGCAAAGAAGCUGCGGAAUAUACCUAUAUUGGCCACCAUUCAGGAAACCGGAGGAUUGUAAAACGUAAAACCAUCUGGAGAAAUGAGAGAUAGUGAGGCGCCGUUGCAGCUUUACAGAUGAAGAGGAGAUGGACCCCUUUUCUCACCCGUUCUGGGGAACACAAGCCAAGACUCAAGAGGGUGUUUGUGGAGCUAAGUGGCUGUGGUAACUUAAUUUAAACUGGAGAUUACCUUUUUCUCUAAAUAUUAUUGUGUGUACAACCGUAUCCUUUUCUGUCCCUGUCUCUGUCGAUGUGCUUUUAGCUCGACUCCAGAUUAAGACAAUGGGACAGGACUGGUAACGAGUGUGAAUGUCUUGUAUUAUUCUUAUACAACUCUCACUUUGUAUUUUACUUUAUUUAUUGAUAUGUCAAUAUUAUUGUUGAGUUCUAUAUUGAUUUGUAUUCGUAAUAGGGACCUCUUUUAACAAUAGCAACCUCUGGUACCUUACACAUUUGCUGAAUUAAAUACUUAGAAUAUUUUAAAAAGGCCUAAAAUAGUUUUUCCUUAGAAUGUGUAUAUAUACAUGUGCAAUUAAUUAUUUAUAUGAUAAGUAUAAUAAAUGAAAUACAAACAUGUUUGUGCCCACUAUGGCAUUGUACUCAACUACAACCUUGUAUUUUUUCUGAAUUAAAAUUAAUUUAGGGAGGAUAGGCGUGUUUACUCAGCAGGUUCAAAAUAUUUCGUUGACUUGAGUAAAGACAUUUGGCUUUUUUGUUCGGAAUCUUCUGGAGUCUGGUUCUGGAUUCAGAUCUGCGUCCAAGGCAGAUCUAAUAUAAUUGGUUGCCUCAGGAUUCAGGGCUGAGCUCCAUUUUAAAUGGGCUACAUAUUUCGAGAUUGACAUUUGAACAUGGUUAGUGCUUCCCCUUUCCCUCAAGCCUAAUCCUAAACUUAACCCCUACUCCAACCUAAACCCUGAUCCCUUCAUAAACAUAACAUUAAGUUAAAUGCCUAAAUUAAAUGAUUGAGUUGGGACAUAAGCACCACAGUUAUGAACUCAUUACAUCAUUUUUGCUUUUGGGGCAGAUCUGCCUCCAGAACAAAAUGGAUGACGAGAAAGACUACUCUGUUUUUGUUAGCUUAUGUUUAACCACAACCUCACUCACACAGGAGGGUUUUAGCCACUUCACACCCAUCGAGGGCUUCAGUCAGGGUAGAGAAAAUGCUCAGAUUAUUUAAAAGAUUUUACAUAGUGUAGCCCUGGUAUGUUACAGGGCGCAGCCUGCACAAAGCUUCUGGCUGCUUUGUCCGCCUGUGACUCUGGAAUGAGACACCGAAGAUGUCAAGCAAGGUUAGCAUGCAUUUAUUUUCUCAAAAGCUAGAUUACAUGAGUUCUCUCACAUUCUUAGUAAGGCACACUUAUUUGAGGUUUUUCUGAGGGGGUCUCUAUGUCUUUACUGGGGAGUGUACUUUGAGAACCUGGACCACUCUCCAUCUCUUCAUAAGAAGACCUGGAAUAUAUUUACAGCUUUUACUAGAUCAGCACUAACAGUCGCUGAGAUGUUUUACAGUAUAAUUAUAUGUAUAUUAUACUAUGUUUUGUUUUGUAAAGUAACUCAUCUUUGUAAAGUUAUGAAAAUGUGAUUGAUCUACUUGGUUACAUGGUAGCAGCUGUUUAGACAACAUCCAAGGGACAAUUGGGGAUUGAACUUGGAAGUCGAGUCUGAAAACAGCUAAUGUAUGCACUACUCUAUUUCUGUCAUCAGUAUCAUGAUACUCCUUUUAUCAACUUACAGUUUCUUUAAAUGUGGAGGGAAGGUAACCCGUAUUUGUAAUAAAAAAGGGAUAGGUUGUCUUUGCACAUGUUCUACGAUGCUAUUCAAAUAAAUCUUUGCUCCAGGUACACAGAAUGAGAAAGGUUGACGGUCAGCAUAGUUUAUUGAAGCUAGUACCAUACCAGAAACAGUACCGUAACUUUCUAAUGUAUCUGGUCAAAAUGUGACGAUACGUUUUUGUGUCUUGGCAAAGUGUUGGUAGACAAAGCUGUUUGAUUGCAAAGGCCUUUCCCAUAACGGUUCGGCCACUUUUCCUUGUUAUUUUGUGAUGCAGUUAAAUUCCAGCUACUUUAGAAUUGAAUUGCAUGUUACGAACAGUCAAAGAGAAAUCAACAAAGGUUAUUUAUGUUUAUUAAGAUGUUUGUGUUCUGUUUUUAUAUGUUGUAAAUAGAAGUGGUUCACAGUGAAGGGAGAGCGAUAUUUCUUAAAACCUAUUUCCAUUUGUAAUAGCUUUGUAGAAAGUGUAUCUAUUUUGAAAGAGCAGUGUAUAUUUGAUAGCCAAAUGAUUCUAUAUGUAAAAGUAUAUUUAUGGUGAGUUUAUUAAGAGAACCAAUGUUGAUAAUUGUUUCUACACCUCCAUGUUUGGUUGAGUAACUAUUGCAUGCAAAUAGAGGUUGUUUUGGUGUUAGUAGCCAGCAUGAGUAUGCUACCGCUAAAUAAACAACCUACCUGGAGAAAUACUGAUCAUGCAUUUUCUAUAUUUUAUGACAUAGUGAGUUUGGUCAGGGGGACAUCUAACUGACAACAGUUUGCUUCUAUUCAAGGAAAUGCAUGUUGAUAGGCAAGGUGAACUUACGAGUAGACCAGAUACUCUCAUCCACCACCAAAUAACCCUUUGCUGCUAAUCUCACUGACCUUUAUCCUGAACAUAAAUAUUUAUUUAAGCUUAUUUGACUUGUGCUUCAUGGAUAAUUACAAAUUCUCUUGUAUGUGGAGUCAGAGCCUCUAAAUGUCUAUGUUGCAUUGUUUCCCCAUUUAAUAUGAUGUAGUUGUGGCUAUUUUGUUACCUGGAGGUAUAUUUUGUACAGUAAAUCAUCUGAAAAUAAAGUAACAUCCACCAAA